GUUCCUCAGGAGAUCCAGCAGAGCGGAGACUUCUUCAUUCGGCCGGAGUCUAAAGCUGCGACUCUGGACACGUCUCAGUGGCCUCUGCUGCUCAAGAACUUUGAUAAGCUGAACAUCCGCACCGCUCACUACACGCCGCUGCCCAACGGCAGCAACCCUCUGAAGAGGAACAUCCAGGACUAUGUCAGGACGGGCUUUAUCAACCUGGACAAGCCGGCGAACCCUUCGUCCCACGAGGUGGUGGCGUGGAUCCGGAGGAUUCUCCGAGUGGAGAAGACGGGUCACAGCGGCACGCUCGACCCCAAAGUGACGGGCUGUCUGAUCGUCUGCGUGGACAGAGCCACCCGGUUGGUCAAGUCUCAGCAGAGCGCAGGGAAAGAGUAUGUGGGAAUCGUUCGGCUGCACAAUGCCAUCGAGAGCGAGCACACGCUGGCCCGGGGUCUGGAGUCUCUGACCGGAGCUUUGUUCCAGAGACCUCCUCUCAUUGCUGCUGUUAAGCGACAACUGAGAGUCAGAACUGUGUACGAGAGCAAACUGAUCGAGUACGACCCUGAGAGGAGGCUGGGUGAGAGAUCAAUACUUUAUUAUAUAACCAUUAUAUAUAAUGACUAUACGGAGGAGGCUGGGGGAGAUUAG